AGCCUGGGAAGGAUUCACAUGGAACUCAUUUCUUGUUUGCAAAAUGUCAGGUAGACAGCAAUAAAUGACUCUUAGAUUGGGGUGUGCAAAGUGCAACCCUCCAGCUUGUUGUUGGAUUCCAGCUCCCAUCCAGCUCCAGUUGGCCUACACAGUGAGAAACCAACAAACAGCAAGUAAGUGGAAGAAAAUGAGCCUGCCAACAGAAGAGAAGAUACCUCAGCGAGGAACUUGGAUCAGUUCCUACAGCUGCCCUCCCAGAGUUUCAGCUAUCUCUGCUCGUAAAUACCCAAGUCUCCUCCAUCAUGUCAAAUGUGGUAGCUGCAACACUCCGAAACCUGGAUUUUUUGAUUUUGAAGGAAAGCAGAAAUGGGAAGCUUGGAAAGCACUGGGUGAUACAAGUACUGAGCAGGCAAUGAGAGACUAUAUAGCUACUGUGAAGAAACUGGACCCCACUUGGAAUCCACAGAUAACAGAAAAAAAGGGAAAGGAAGGAAAGGCUGGGUUUGGAGGCCCAGUUGUCAGCUCAUUGUAUCAAGAAGAAACCAUCAGGGAGGAAGAUAAGAAUAUAUUUGACUACUGCAGAGAAAACAACAUUGACCAUGUAACCAAAGCCAUCCGAUCAAAAAAAGUGGAUGUGAAUAUGAAAGAUGAGAAGGGCAGAGCUCUGCUGCACUGGGCAUGUGACAGAGGACACAAGGAACUAGCCUCAGUACUGCUACAACACACAGCUGAUGUUAACAGCCAGGAUGAUGAAGGUCAAACAGCAUUGCAUUAUGCCUCUACUUGUGAAUUUUCUGACAUUGUGGAACUACUGCUGAAAUCUGGAGCUGACCCUACUCUUCGAGACAUUGAGGGAUACUUGCCUGAAGAGGUGACAGACUGUCGAGUAAUCACCUCCAUGCUGCAGGAGCACACCGCGGGCAAAGCUUAACCAAAAGAACAAGCAAGUACCCAGCCCUAGCCCAGGACUCUCAAAAGGAAGAAAAAUGGCAAUAAACCCCUUCUUCUCCCACAUAAUUGGUAUGCAUGAUGUCUGGUGAGUGAAACAUGUUUAAGGGAGGUGCUUACUAUGGCUGUAUACCCCAGGGGACAGAAAAUAAAGCAAAGGAGCAUGCAGUGCAUAACACAGCCCCUGCCUACGGUUAUGACUUGUUAUAUUUUGGAACACUAAGAUCAACCAAAUCAGAUUUAUUGAGCUUCUGGUGGCCCAGUAAACAUGGCUAAUGGGAUGCGUUGUUGGAUGGGUCACGUGUUAUGUAGAAUUGGUACAGCAUAAAGCUCAUUUUGCAUUUAUUAGUAUGAGUGUGGGGCAGAGGAAAGGAACAGCUACAUUAAGGUUGCUAUCCUAUGUGUGUUUGGAGAAAGCCCCAUAGAACUCUGUGGGAUUUGCCUUCCCAAGUGAAUAUACAUAUGAUUGAGUUGGAAGAGUAGCUGCUUUUUUGCAAAAUACAAAUUAUUUCUAAGAAGAAAGAAACGGAUAGGCAGCGAGGGGAAGAAAUUAGCCAGUUUAUAACACUUUCUAUCUAACAAAAAUCACUUAUUACUCAAAAGAGAGUACUGUUCCACUAUUGUGAUUUCCUUGAACUGAAGAAAGGAGUUUUGUAAGAUGUCAGAAUGGAGGGCUUUUCUACUGAAUCCUGAAGAUCAAAAUGUCAAAAUGAGGAGGCUGAGUUAUCACAGUGUUAAACAAAACAAAAGUUGAAAACUGAUGCGAAUGUCCAUUGUGUGUAUCCCUCUGUCUCUAUUGUAAAAUACCGUCUUGAACAAUAAAAGAUAAAUCAAAGGAUA